UACCCUCGGCUUAUGUGACUGUGACUCGAGAUGCCACGAUAUGCCUUGAGGCACCUAGACGUAGGUUCUACUUGUAGAGAACGGGCAGGCAUGCCAAGACAUGUUGUCCAGACAGUACGUAUGUGCACUGAUAAGAUAAGACUUUUCGAGCAGAGCCCCACUUAAAAAAGUUGCGAAGGAAAAACAAGUGGAAUCGAAUGGCAAUCGUUCAGCACUGCACCGGACCCUGAAGACUGUCUCUGCCUGCCUUGAUCAUCCACUUUUUCAACAUCUUUCUGCCUUCCUCAUUGCAAUCUAACCACCACAACAGUAUCCAAAAUGGCCAGCAAGAGAAAGAGAGAUAAUGCGCCCGAGAGCGAACCUGUCGAGAAAACAGAACAGCAGUCAACAAAGAAAGUCAAGGCCCCAGCACCAACCAAGGCUGCGCGUGCCAGCUCUAACUCCAGCACUUCUGCGACUCCAUUCAAAGUGGACAGCACCUCCCCGAUAACAAUCCAAGUCGUCGCCGGCUCCUACGACCGCGUCCUUCACGGUAUCACCGCCACCGUUACCCCCACGACCACUACUACGACCGCUACUACCCCCUCCAAGAACAACAAGAAGGCCGCCGCCGCCGAAACCACAACCUCGUACAAAGUCUCCUUCGCCGACACCUUCCUCUUCAACGCCCACUCCUCCGCCAUCCGAUGCCUCGCCCUCUCCCCUCCCUCGGCGCCCACGCCCGGCCAAAAGGGUGGGCAGAAGGUCCUCCUCGCCACGGGCGCCACCGACGAGCGCAUCAACAUCUACAACAUCUCUGCGCACCCGCCCUCAGCCAAGGCCGCUGACGACCAGAAACUUCUCAACAGCAUCACCCCUCGUCCCGUGCUCGAGAACCCCAAGAACCGCGAGCUCGGCACGCUCCUGCACCACUCGUCCAACAUCACACGCCUCGUCUUCCCGAACCGCUCCAAGCUGCUUUCGGCCUCCGAAGACUCCACCGUCGCCGUCACCCGCGUCCGCGACUGGGCUUUGCUGCACACCUUCAAGUGUCCCAUUCCCAAGGCGCAGGGUAGGCCGUCGGGCGACACGGCUGCGCUCGGAGCGGUCCCCGCGGGCGUUAAUGAUUUUGCGGUGCACCCGAGUAACAAGAUCAUGAUUAGCGUUAGCAAGGGCGAGAGGAGCAUGCGCCUGUGGAACUUGGAGACGGGCAAGAAGAGUCGCGUGCUCAAUUUCCCCAAGGACGUGCUGAUGGAGAUUGGCGAGGGGAAACAUAGCACGGGCGAGGCGAGAAGGAUUGUGUGGGGCGAGGACGAGUUUGCGGUUACUUUUGAUCGGGACGUGCUGGUGUUUGGCAUGGAUUGUCGCCCGAGGUGCCGGGUUAUGAGGGAGGAUGUGGUGGGGACGAAGAUGACGAAGGUGCAUGAGAUUAAGUAUGUUAGCCUGGGCAAGGAGGAGGGACAAGAGGAGGAGAAGAAUGUCCUGGCGGUGGCGACGGAGGAUGGAAGGAUAUUGUUCUUUGAUACGGCUGAGUCUGAGUUGCUUGAGCCGCCUGCUCCCAAGGAGGACGCUCCCGAAAAGGAGCAGCAGCACAAGAAGCUCUUCGAGCCCAAGACCCCCAACGCCAAGCUUAUCGCUCAGCUCGGCGGCAAGACGGCCGGCGUGUCGGGCAGAAUCAAGGACUUUACUGUUCUCCCUGUCGAGGACGAGGAGAGCGGUAAGAGGUCGUGGUUCGUUGCCAGCGCGAGCAGUGAUGGCCGCGUAAGGAUGUGGCGUCUUGAGAGCGAUGAUCUUCGUGUUAAGGACGAGAGCGUCAAGCCCGGCAGACAGGUCGGCGAGCUGUUGGGCACGUACGAGACGGAGAACAGAAUCACUUGCUUGGGCGCGUUUGUCAUGAUACCCCGGCCGGAGGGAUCGGUGGAGAGCGAGUAUGAGUUUGAUAGUGAGGAGAGCGAGGAUGAUGAUGAGUCGGAUGAUGAGUAAGGGGUGGAGAGAAAUUGGGUUGUUUGUGUUGGUUUAGCAUAAUUGAUGUAUAAAGAAAGGAUUUGUUUUGAUCAUGCUGGUUGUUGUUGAUGUCCUCUCACGGGGCUGGGAUAAUGCAUUGAAGAUGUGUGAUUGAUGCUAUGUUGGUAAUUGAGAUGUUCAUUGUGUUGUUCUACGGACUUCAAUCUUAAAGAUGAAGAGAUAG